AUAUAAUUUGAACCAAUUUCAACAACACUCUGAUGAGAAGGUGUGGUCUGCAUUGGACAAGUGUCACAUGAAAAGCACGGUACUUGAACUCGAAGGAAAAUUGGAUGCCUCCGUUGUUGAAAAUGGUGAGAAUUUUUCAGUUGGAGAAAGACAGUUACUAUGUAUGGCAAGAGCGUUGCUCAGAAAAUCAAAGAUCCUACUGUUGGACGAAUCCACUGCUUCUAUUGAUACAGCGACUGACAGUCUUAUACAACAAACAAUUAAAGACGCGUUUCAAGAUUGUACUAUGUUAAUAAUAGCACACAGGCUGAACACUGUCUUGAAUUGUGAUGAAAUUAUGAUCAUGGACCAGGGAAAGGUUAUUGAGUUUGACAAACCCUCCCUCCUUCUUGCUGAUUCAAAUUCAAGAUUCAGUGCAAUGAUGGCAGCUGCUGAAAACAAUGACGACGGGGGUAGACUGAGUGCUUUGAGUUUUGCAUGCUCAAUUUCAAAGUUCAAAGAUGCGCCUUUUUUCAUUCCGAAUGAUGCUAGGGUAGAUGUUGUUACAAUUUUGAAAUCGAAGGAUAUUUCAAUGGAAGAAAACAUGGAGACUAUUCCAGAUCACAACAAAGGGAGUGAAGUAAAGGACGUACAACGCGAAACUCUGCCACUAGGCGAUGUUGGUUUAUUAUCAUUUAUAUAUAUUACAUGGUUAUCUCCGUUGAUCAAAAAGUCAUUUAAGACAGGGCUGAUUGCAAAUGACCUUUGGCAGUGCGGAAAAGCUGAUUCAGCAGAAUAUAAUGCACUGAGAUUUGAACGACUAUGGAUAGAUGAGCUUGAAAAGCGUGGAAGAGAAAAAUCGUCCCUUUUUGCUGUGUUUAUCAGAUUUAUCAAGUUUCACAUUUCCAUCAGUAUUGUUUCUAUGCUGAUAUUUAAUGCAACGUUGUUCUGCCUUACAGUGACUAUAUUCCAUAUAUUGCAGUACAUAGAGGGGAUUGAGACGAAUCUUCCAUAUGCAUUAGGUCUGUGUUUUACAAUGCUCGCACUGGAAGCUGUGCGCUCUGCAGUUAAUUCAUUAAAUUAUAAUAAUUCCUACAUAAUUGGGAUGAGACUUCGAAGUGCCAUUCUGGUUGCAAUAUAUAAGAAAGUGUUGCGUCUCAGGAAUUUACAAGACCAGACAAUAGGAGAGAUCAUCAAUCUAUGUGCUAAUGAUACGCAACGUAUAUUUGAUGCGAUAACUCUGGGUGUCAUUGCGGUCACAGGACCAACACGGGGAAUAGCCAUGGUUAUAUACAGUUAUAUAUUACUUGGACCCGCUGCCUUGAUUGGUGGAUUAAUCAUCUUUCUCUCAUGGCCACUACAAGUCCUUUCUGGGAAGCUAAUCACCAAGUUUAGAAUAAAUACAGUGACGAUGACAGACAGAAGGGUUCGCAUGACUAAUGAAAUGAUUCUCAGUAUUGGAUUGAUCAAAAUGUAUGCAUGGGAAUAUCUAUUAACCAAGAAAAUUCAAGAAAUUCGAAGCACUGAAAAGUCCUUUCUGGAAAAAGCUGGUUAUUUAUAUUCUGCUAAUGUAUUUAUCAAUUCCAUUGUGCAAGUGUUGGCAGUUUUCCUAACUUUUUUGGUGUCGGUUAUGACAGGAAAUGAGCUUACAGCAGCCACGGCAUAUGGAGUAAUUGCUCUCUUUGCUAUGACAGGAACAAUGUCGGCAGUAAUCCCACUAUCAGUAAAAUAUAUUACUGAGUCUGUUAUUGCAGCUGAAAGAAUGAAAAAAUUGUUGAUGAUGGAGGAAAUCCAAACAUAUACAAGGACACCUGAUGAUGAAUAUAAUGCAAUCGAGUUGUCUUCAACAAAUUUUUCAUGGAAGAAACAGAGUGAGAGUGAAAGUACAUGCCAAUCUCUUGAAGAAAGUAAACUAUGUAGCCCUGAUCACCAGGACGAAAGCAAUGCAACGUUAUUCGACAUCAACCUAAGUGUUAAAAAGGGUCAGUUGAUUGGAAUAUGUGGUGGUGUUGGUAGUGGAAAAUCAUCGAUUAUAUCGGCCAUAUUGUCUCAAAUGCAGCUAAUAUCCGGCAGCGUUUCCAUUGAUGGGAACAUGGCUUACGUUUCUCAACAACCAUGGAUCUUCAAUGCUACAUUUAAAGAAAAUAUAUUGUUUGGUCUUCAAUUUGAUAAGCAGUUAUAUGAGAAAUGUAUACGUGCAUCAUGUCUUCAAGAUGAUGUUGAUAUCUUACCAAAUGGCAGUGAAACUGAGAUUGGAGAGAGAGGUAUCAAUUUAAGUGGUGGUCAGAAACAGAGGGUGAGCCUAGCUAGAGCUUUGUAUGCUGAUAGUGAUAUAUACUUAUUAGAUGACCCACUGAGUGCAGUAGAUACACACGUUGGACAGCAUAUUUUCAAUCAUUAUAUAAUGGACGCUCUUCGGGGUAAAACAGUGUUGUUUGUUACUCAUCAGUUGCAGUAUCUGAGUGGAUGUGAUGAAAUCCUGGUUAUGCGAGAUGGCAGGGUUCAUGAAAGUGGAACACAUCAGCAAUUAAUGACUUCUAGUGGUCAUUAUGCAAAUUUAAUAAAACGUUUCCACAGCGGUGAAGUUACAGAAGAGACUAACAAGAUCGAUAUAUCCACAAAUCUAAAUACUGUAGUUUCAGUUGAUGAAUAUGACACGUGUGCUCAGAGUGAUUCAUCCAUGACUCUUGGUGACACAUCAGGAAUAUCAUUUUGUACUACUAAUGAUAUGGAGGAAGUUACUGGUGAAUUAAUGACAAAAGAAGAGCAAGCAGAAGGUGGGGUAAAAUUGGCAACGUAUCAUGCUUAUAUACAAUACGCUGGAGGAUAUAUGAUUUCAAUUCUCACAAUAUUCACAAUGAUUAUUGUAACUGGUUGUGUUGCCGCUAGUAGUUGGUGGCUUGGUUACUGGAUUACUCACACUACUAACCAGAAUACCAAUAGCACACAUGCAAAUGAGACUCUUAGUACUGGAUUUAUAACAGAGAAUACAGAUAGAGCAUAUUUUGCUUAUGUGUAUACUUUCAUAAUUGCAAUUAUGAUUACGUUUGCAAUUGUCGAAUGUAUUCUUCAUGCCAAGAUUACACUGAAAGCGUCAACUACUUUGCAUAACGAAGUUUUCAAGAAGGUGUUCCGAAGUCCAAUGACCUUUUUUGAUACUACGCCCUCAGGACGAAUUAUUAAUAGAUUUUCAAAAGAUCUGGAUGAAGUGGAUGUACACUUGCCGAUUUAUAUUACACAGCUGAUUACACAAUGUUGUAUUCUCUUUUUUGCGUUUCUGUCCAUAUCCUUGGUGUUCCCGUGGUAUUUGUUAGCUUUCAUUCUAUUCAGCAUAGUUUUUAUUGUAGCUUAUUUACACUUUCGGCAUGCAAUGCGAGACAUAAAGCGCCUUGAAAAUAUCAGUAGGUCACCGUGGGUUUCUCACAUGACAGCAACCAUACAAGGAGCUUCUACUAUCCGUGCAUAUGGAAAACAAGUGGAAUUCUGCAAAAGAUUUGCAGAUUUAGUUGAUUGCAAUUCAGUCCCCUUCGUCUUGUUCUAUCUGACAAAUCGCUGGGUUGCUGUGAGGCUAGAUGUAAUUGGCAUGACAACUUCCUUUGUUGCUGCUCUGAUGGCAGUACUAGCACAUGGUCAGAUACCUCCAUCCUAUAGUGGAAUAGCCCUAUCAUAUGCAGUGCAGCUGACAGGAGUUUUUCAGUUUCUCGUGAGAAUGAUUGCAGAUUGUGAAGCCAGAUUUACAUCAGUGGAACGAAUACAGUAUUAUAUUAAAAACUUGGUAUCUGAAGCACCAGUAGUAACUGAGAAUAGACCGCCUGAUAACUGGCCGCAUGCAGGUGCAAUAGAAGUAAAAGAAUUGAAGAUGCGCUUCCGUAAAAACCUUCCUCUCGCUUUAAGAGGAGUCUCUUUCAAAGUGGAGCCAAUGCAGAAGAUAGGACUUGUCGGUAGAACUGGAGCAGGAAAAUCUUCCCUUGGGGCUUGUUUAUUUCGUCUACGGGAGCUAAAUUCGGGUGCUAUUUAUAUUGAUGGUAUUGAUAUAGCGAGUCUGGGAUUACAAGAUUUGAGAUCAAAAUUGACAAUAAUUGCACAAGAUCCUGUUCUGUUUGUUGGAACUGUCAGGUAUAAUUUGGACCCAUUUCAACAAUACUCCGAUGUCGAAGUUUGGUCAGCUUUGGAAAAGUGCUAUAUGAAAGACACGGUGCAGGAACUGGAAGAUAAAUUAAAUGCCCCUGUUGUUGAAAAUGGCGAGAACUUUUCAGUUGGUGAAAGACAGUUACUGUGCAUGGCAAGGGCGUGGCUCAGAAAAUCUAAGAUAGUGAUGUUGGACGAGGCCACUGCCUCCAUUGAUACAGCGACUGACAGUCUUAUACAACAAACAAUUAAAGACGCAUUUCAAGAUUGUACUAUGUUAAUAAUAGCACACAGGCUGAACACUGUAUUGAAUUGUGAUAAAAUUAUGGUCAUGGAUAAGGGAAAGGUUAUUGAGUUCGACAAACCUUCAAUACUUCUGGCUGAUACCAAUUCAAGAUUCAGUUUUUUAAUGGCAGCAGCUGAGAAAAAAUGA